AGUAGAAACCUUUGGUCUUGAAAAAUUAAGCCAUAAUGGAAGUGCAAAAUCCUGCAGCUUGUCGAGUUUCCGCUUGAGGCUGGCUCCAGGAGCCCCGGAAGUCACACACAGCCAAAAAAAGAUUUUACAGCAGAAAUUAAAACACAAAACCUGGUACAAAAAAAAAACCAAAUAGGGCGUGCACCAUAACCACUCGGCCACUGGCGCCCCUGAUUGAAAAUUCUAAUGAUUUUGUUGUGAAAACGUUUCUGUUGAAACAUUAUGAACUGUUGAAAAGCUUAACUAUUCCUAAAAUGUGCCUCCAACAUGUUAAAAUCCCUGAAUUCAGUCAUAACAGAAUACGUGACAAGAAGACAGAGUUUACUAAGAAGUCAUCAGGAAACUUUAAAGUGUAUGAUUUACCAUCAGGCCUUGACUUACAGCCACAUCAUUGUUUCACAUCCUGUUGACAGGAAGCAGCUAAUUACAUGUGGAGUUGUAUGAAUGCUUUAGCAUCAGUGCAUUUUCUGAUUCAUUACUCUUUGAAUAAAUCUGUUUGUACAGCAAGAGUGGGAACAGCGGGGCGCCGGUUAGACUAGUGUUAAUGUCAUGCACCCCAUGUACGGAGGCUAUAGUCCUCAUCGCAGCGACGGCCCAUUGCCGAAUGUCCUCCCUCACUCUCUCCUCCCAACAUUUCCUGUGUCUCUUGAACUGUCCUAUCCAAUACAAGCAAGAUGGCCUAAAGAUAACUUGAGAACAGCGUCAGGUAUCCAUUUUGUUUUAAGAUGGGUUAGGACAGCUGAAGAGACCCAGGUAACGCUCGGAAGAGAGAGCGCUGGAUGAAGUGCAGAAAAGAGCAGAGGCCGGAUUUGAACCCAUGGCCGCUGCAGAGAGGACUACAGCUUCUGUAAAUGGGCCGCGUGAAUCAACAACUAGGCUACCAGCGCCCAAACAUACCUGUAAUUCAGAAAAUGUACCUUAUUGUCCUCAAUUACAGGUAGUUUGACAAAAGACUAAUCUGAGACCUCAAACACCCGGUGCUAAAUCUUCAUAACUCUUUUUCAAUAAAAUAUCACCUUUAAAUAAAAAAAACUUUGUCAAACAGAAUGAAUUUCUGCAGAAAUGGUGGAGUAUUGAUUAUUGUCUGAUGAACAUACACAUAAUUCUCCAUGUUCCAUCCAAAUAAAUAGCAAGUAGCAGAACACAUGGUGCGUGUACGGUGCACUGCAGUUUGAUGCUGUAAGGACAUGGUAACCUGUAUAUGUACCCAUGUGGUUCUGCUAUAUGUGGAAAGUUCUAUAGUUUCCAAACUCGGCUCAUCAAUAUGACUUACUGAAUCAAUAUUCAAUUACAAUGAACCUGUUUGCCUGUACACAUUAGUAGAUGGUAUGUUGCCUUGUGGUUCAAGAGCCCUAAAGCCUGAUGAGAUAAGAAUUUACCACUGAACAAUCUCAAACCUCGUAUCAUGCUGAGGGGUCAGUGAUGAAGGUUUUUUUCAAUGAUUUUUAUUGUUAAAGAUUUUAAGGGUAUUUCAAAUACUGAAAAUAACACUAGAUUUCUUAGUUUGGUUUGGUCAGGCUUCAGCAUCCAAAAAAGACAGCUGAUACAGCAGCAUGAACUGUGUAAAUAAAAUCGAGUCAAAAUCAGAGCCGAUUAAUUGGCCAGCCGAUAAUAUCGGCCGAUUUAGCAUAUCAAGUCACUAACGGUAUCGGCUACUUUUAAUGCCGAUAUGCCCCGAUAUUACUUGAUUUAUUCACCAGUCAAAAAGCAUUUCAUUUGAGUUUCAUUGUAUUAUACUUGCAGUUCUCUUUCAUCAGCAGUGCGCUCUAUGGAUUACACAAAACGUAACUAUCCAGAGUGUCAAGCGGUGAUGGACGUACAUGCACAGUUACUCUCAAGCGGAGUACCCAUCUUUUCUUCAUCAUAUAUCUUUUACACAUUUCUUGAGUUGUUCCUCAUUAUGGAGAUCAAACACUUGUGGAAAUCUAGAUUUAUCUAUAUGUACAGAACGAACAUUACUCACAAAUGUAAUGAGUUUAACAUCUUGAUUUAAGAUUUCUCUCCAUCACAGUCGAGUCUGUUAGUAAGUUCCACAUUGGACCAUGAUGAGCUUUUAAACUUGUUAUGUCACUAAUUCAUGCAGGUAGGUGUAUGUAUCAAACACACCAAUUUAGUUUAUGCAGUUAACACAGUUUGACUUAAAUAUUUUGUAUAUUAUGUGUGGGAAUUUGGUUUAUUUUAUCUCUAUACUUGACUAAAUUAAAGACUUGCUGUAGAUCGCAGACAUGAUAAUUCCACCAAAGAUAAUUCUCUACAUUUUGAAACUAGAAACAGAGAUGACAGACAGUGAUUGUUGGGAUGUCCUGGGGCUGAAUUCUAAGUGAAAAUUGAUUUCAGGACUAGAAGAAAAAGCAAGAGGAAAUAGCACUAGGAUUUUCCCAAUAUGUAACCUCAGUGUGACCCUUUACCCAUUAUGUCUUUUGUAACCAGACUGGUUUGAAUCAAUCCUGUUGUGGGACGAAUGAGAACAAAAUAAAAACAGUCGAGUAGAAAGAAAAAGCCUGCUGGUGGAUUGGGGUUGAAUCUUGUUUACACACAUCACAGUUUGGGGAUAAGGUAAAGCUAUUUUUGUCUUUCUAACAAAUAAUCCUGCGCUCGUUGAUGCUUGUUAUAACCUGCUAAACUAAAGAACAAUAAUACGCUUUUCUUACAGGGUUUUAGGCAUGGCCGACCUCUGAUAAAAAGCCUUUUUAUCACACAGAGGCGAUUAAAAGUAUUUAGAAUUGUACUGUUUGAAGUUGGCAAACAGAGCUUGGUAAGCCCACUAAUCCAUUGUGAGAGGUUUACUGUUGCUGGGAUAAAAUAAUGUCUUGCGAUAUCAUGAGGACUUAAUUACAGCCAGCGAGGACCAGCAGGGUUUGAAAUGGAACAUGGUGACUUUUGCUGCACUAUAGUAGAAAACUAUUGAUUGUACAAGGCCUGUGUGGAUAACUGAUUGGUAUUGAAUAGGGUUUUCAGUGCUAGACUAAUUCCUUCUCUGUACAUAUGAAGAGAAAAUAGACUGGGAUAUUUUAGAGCUGAGAAAUCCUUUGGCAUGUAGUCUGGACUACAAAGCAUAUAUUUGGAAACGGCAUGGUUAUUUACACCCACAGCUGUAGCACACACCCCAAUGAGCAACAAAUACAAAUACUUUCAGAGGGUGCAGUUGUAAGCUUGCAGUGUUACAGUUUACAAAGGUAAAAAUCAUUCAGAAUCUUGUUCAAUCCAGAGAAAUAUGAUGGAAAGAAAAGGUAUUGACCUGCAAAGAUAGAGGUCAAUUUCCGUGUUACAACCCAUCACUGUGAGGCAAUGAUCUAAAUGCAUUGCUGAAGCUGUUGGUAUUGACUUUCUUUAGUCAGAGUUGGCAGCCGUCCCUCAGCAGCUCAGUUGUUCCCACUUUGUGUCUGAUGGACACAGGAGCAGAAGCGAGUCACGGAGGUUUGGCUGAUGUGCAGGGACUCAUGUGGAGGGCACCAACGAUUUUUAAAAAAACUUUUUGGGUGACCGCGUCAGGGCCGUAUGACCCGAGGAGAUUUAAGUCACCACCGGCAGUCCAUCCAUGCUGCUGCUGCUCCAAGUCAUAAUGGCAGAGUGAAGAUGGGGGACUGGAACUUCCUCGGGGGGAUUUUGGAGGAGGUGCACAUUCAUUCCACUAUGGUCGGCAAGAUCUGGCUCACCAUUCUGUUCAUCUUCCGCAUGCUGGUCCUCGGGGUUGCAGCCGAGGACGUGUGGAACGAUGAGCAGGCCGACUUCAUAUGCAACACCGAGCAGCCCGGGUGCAGAAACGUCUGCUAUGAUCUCGCUUUCCCAAUCUCCCUCAUCCGCUACUGGGUGCUGCAGGUCAUUUUCGUGUCCUCUCCCUCGCUGGUUUACAUGGGCCACGCUCUGUACAGGCUGCGGGCGCUGGAGAAAGCUCGGCAGAAGAAGAAGGCCCUGCUGAGGAAGGAGCUGGAGCUGGUGGAUGUGGAGUUGGCAGAAGCCAGGAAGAGGAUAGAGCGGGAAAUGAAGCAGCUCGAUCAGGGGAAGCUCAACAAAGCUCCUCUGAGGGGCUCUCUGCUGCGAACGUACGUGGCUCACGUUGUCACCCGCUCUGUCGUUGAAGUGGCCUUCAUGACAGGCCAGUAUCUCCUUUACGGCUUCCACCUCUACCCACUCUUCAAGUGUCAGCGGGACCCUUGUCCUAAUGCUGUGGACUGCUACGUUUCCAGACCAACGGAGAAAAGUGUCUUCAUGGUUUUCAUGCAGUGCAUUGCUGGGAUUUCCCUCUUUCUAAACAUUUUGGAGAUCACGCACCUGGGCUACAAGAAAAUCAAAAAGGGCAUCCUGGACUUCUACCGUCACUUGAGAGACGAGCGAGAUGAACCUGAAGAGUACUACGUCAACAAGUUUAAAAAAGAAUCCGUUGUGCAAAUUUGUGAUGCCAGAAAGGCGACAAUUGCUUCAGCACCCAGUGACUACAACCUCCUGCUGGAGAGGAUGCAGGGGAACAUUAUGUACCCAAACCUUAUCAAGCCUUCAACUUUUCUACCUCUGCAGGGCGAGCAGGCCAAUCAGCACGAUUUGGAGGAUUCUAGAUGUUCAGCUCAAAGCCCUCAGGAUUGUAACUGCAACCUGACUGCUAAAGAGCCCUGCUCACCGUGCUGCGACUCUCUGAUAAAUCCAAAGCAGGAGGCUGAGGACUUUUCGCAUCGUCCCCUACAAACUAAGGAGGAGGAGAGCAGUGGAAGAGGGAGCCCAGACUCUCCUAAAUGCCAACAGAAGGCCGCUCACUCUUCCUCCUUCCCCACGCUGCCAGUAAGUGCAGCAAGGAAGCUGUUCAGGGCUCAGGGAUCUUUAAAAUGCUCCACAGUGUUGGAGGGAAAAAGCUCUGACACAGACUCAUAUGGAGGGGGAUCAAAACCCAGCAAUGGAACUUCCUCUGGUCAAAUGCAGUCGUCAAAGUCGGAUGCCAAACAACAAAGUCGGCCUUCCACUCCAGAGUCGGUGGAAGACUCCAGCUCAGGAUCAGGGAACAACUCCCGACCACCUUCCUCCAACUGCAAAACGUCGAUGGCAAGUAACACGAGCAGCAGGCGAGCGACAGACCUGCAAAUCUAAACUUCAAAUGCUGUUUCCUUAUUUUCUGUAUUGGAGUUCAGGAAUCAAGGUUACACGAGUCCUUUUCUGAAUUUCAGUAAUGGAUUCAACAGCUCUGGAUUUAACUAGAGACACUUUGUUCAUAUUAUUUUUUGUUUUUUUGUUCUCCUAACAAACAUUUAAACAGCAGUCUACGUACUAUGCCACGCUUAGAAAACACAAAAAACUGCUUGUGGUGAAUUAUACCAGCACCAAACAACUCAGAAUUUCAUAAUGAAUGUCAUAUAUAAUUUGUGCACCUAUUUUUGGACUGAACCUUUUUUCUACUGUUACUUUCAUAUGUGUAGCUACAAAAUGAGUACAAAUGUAGUUGACAGGUUAAACUCAACAUAUAGAGUUCAGGCGUCUAAAAACAAACCCAUUCAAAAUUCCCAUUGACUUUGAGAGGAUAGACCCCAUGGCGCUAAAAUGCUAACUUACUUCCGGGUUUUAGGACUGAUUCCUGUGGCACCAUAUUACUAAAAUGAGAAAGUUUUGUAGAUCCUGGCUACUCCAUUCCAACAUUAAGGCU